ACAGGUUCACGUAUCCCUAAGACGCGAAUUGAAUAUGAGUCUUAUAAAUGGAAUGAAUUUGGUGCAGUAGAUCGUAAUAUAUAACGUAAUGCACAGUGUAGACAAUAUAAAAAAGAAUACAGUAAAAUCAAGAACGACGUAGCCCUCGGAGAAUUUUAAUGUGAAAGUGGAGUGAAUGUGGUGUCACGGGGAGUCCCACCGACAGUGGCAGUGAGUGCUUUCUCGAGUCGAAUAUAUAGAAUGGACUAGGGAAGAACCCAAGUGACCGUCAGUGCUACUACUAUGAAGAGAAUGGACGUUUUGAAACCGAAAAAAAUCACUGAUACCAUAUGAAUUUAGAAGACGACAUAUAGUGACACUGAAUUUUCAAAAGGGAAUUAUAAAGGAUCAUACUCAUAACCAUGGAGAUAGGAGACACCACAGCGGGCGAUGGUACUGUUCCAAAAGGACGGGCACGAUCGGAAAGUCCUUCCGUGGAGAACCAGGCAAGGGAUGCCGGAGCCGGAUCUGAAAUAGAUGGGGUAAAUGCAGCCCUGAAGAGCUGGGAAGAGCCGUUGCAAUGUCAUUUCGUAGGAAACCAGGCUAUGUGCAGCGAAACUAUAUCUGGAGAAAAUGUGGAGCCAGCACUCCUGAGGUUGACGCAGUUGUUGCAGAAAGCGUUUGUACAGAUAAUUGGAGUGCAUGAUACUGUGAAGGGGUUGAAGGCUGAAUUAAAGGGCACGGAAGCAAUGUUUGAGAAAAUGAAGACUGAAAUGAAUGACACGAUGGCCACGCUUUACGACUCCCGUGCCAAGUUGGCACAGCAGUUUCAGGAGUUAGCCGACUCCAUUCGCCAAACAGGUGAAGCAAUAUCAUUGGAGAAUACUGCUGUUAAUGAAGAUAAUAUAUGCACGACAAAAGAAAACCCUCAAAGCCUUUCAAAAGGAAUGAAGAACAAUGGAGCCAAAAAAUUCUCGAAUGGAGAGGAUCAGAGCUUAGCUUUGGCCACCGCCGGUUCUGCAUCUGUGGACUCCGAGGAACCUUCAACACGACAGGACGCAGAAAACACAGAAAAUAGCCUAGACGAGGAAAAUGUAGUCAGUGGGGUACUGCCGGAGGAGAAUCAAGACGUGCAAAAUAAAGUCACUGGAACAACGAUGGGCAUGAAGAAAAAGAAAAGGAACCCCGAGGCCAGAAAGAAAGAAGAUAUGGAACUCGCACUUUGUGUCAUAAAAGCCCUGAAGCGAGAAGGUGGCCGAGGCAGGCACCAAAAGCCCUAGCCAAGGGUUAUUCAAGGCACCAGAAUAUGUAUAUAAAUAAUACAGUUAUUCUACAUUAAUAUGUAAAAUGCGUAAUAACACAAUAUAUGUCGGACGGAGAGAGCUAAAAACACAAUAUCCCUAAUAUUGUGAACCAUGAUCACAUUCCUGGAACCAAUUUGGGAAUGUGAAAAAAGCAUGUAUUAUAUGCUGUCUGUCGGCUGACAAAUAAUCUAGCAUUGAGAUACAAUUCACACGUAUGUAUGUGCAUUUGUGUUUAUUGCACCCGGAAUUAGUUGAUAGUCCACGAAUAGACUUUACCUUGAUCUGUAACCGCGUAAAAAAUAUUGGUGAGUCGUCGUAAUGAAUGGAAUUCAGUCAGAUGUGGAUCUGAGUCAUUUUCCUUCCCCUACUUGACAGUGUCGACACACUGACAUGAAACUUCGGGCGAUUUUCUCGAAAGAUGAGAAAAGAGGAGAGCACAUUUUUCGGCUUCACCAUCUGGUACAACAAGAAGGUCAUGAAUGGGAUCCGUGUUCCCCUUCCCUGCACAAGACUCUACUAUAUGGGUCUAUUUUUCUCACUGUCCAGGAAACUUUGUCAUCUUAUGGAAUCUAGCAAUUGUUAAGUGUGUGUAUAUCUGUGUACCUUGUAAUUUAUAUUUCUUACAAAUUUGUGAAGUCGUGUAAGAAUCAAGGAUCUUUCAAGAUUGUGAUAUCUUACGUGAUACCAAGAUCGACGUUCGAAGGUCCAUAUACAUGUCACUUUAUCUAAAGCCAUAUUAUUCAGCUCAUUCACCUGAAAAUAAAACGAGGUAAAUCAAUGCGGAUUAUGAUAAGUUCUUCCAAAACCUGUAUAAGACUAACACAACGUAAUGACUAAAUCUGAUAUAAUGAAGUUUCGUGAUUAGAUUAAGGAUAAAUACGCUAAUUUUCGAUUUCCUCCUGUGUGUAUCUUCUACAUGAUUAACUUUCUGCCCCAAUUCUCAGUUCAUAUUUCGAAACCGGGACUUGGACCUCAUUUAACCUUACGAAUUUUAUUCUCUCUGCUCUUCGUGUUGCCUCCUCGCUACCAUUAAUUUGGCAACGUUAUAUAACUGUCCAGGGGAGAAAGUCGGUGUUAAAGUCAACAAAAUACGUCGCAGGCUUUCUGUGGAAGUAUCCCAGUAUGUCGAGGAAGCUGGAAUAUACGUUGAUGAAUAGUUCGAAGCCAAUGAAUUAUUAACAGUUUACCUUCAGGCUAAAAGUUGUGCUCAUGAUAUUGUGUUAAUUGUCAUCGGCAAUUAUAAUCGACUGGAGUUUUAAGGUAAUCGAACUCAUUUACGCUUGUGUUUUGGGCACAUCAAUCAUUGAAUGUAAUUAGCUGAAAUAAUAAACAUUGUAAAAUUUGUUAUCACACUCCUGACAUCUCUGCCUACUUUGAGUAUAAUGUUUCGAUAGUGUCACUCACAAAACCCGCUAGUAGUAGGCUAUACAAAAAGGAUAAUUGGUUAGCAUACCUGCCUACAUUUUUUUCUAUCGUGAUGCAUAGGCGAGGAAGAUGGUACCAGACUGUAAUAUAUCAAUAUGGCUUUGAUAAACAGGCUGUCGAAAUAUGCUCUUCCCAGAAAACUGAAGUAUGAGAGAUGGUUAUUAGUUUUAUAAGGAAUCAUUCAGGGAAUUGUCCUAUACUUACAUCUGUCUAUAGUUAAUUGUUAUGUAUCAUACAGAAUUCUAUAUACUUUUGAAUU